UAGCCAACCUACUUCAUAUCAGUUACUCGCGUGAGAUUUUAGUCGAAGGUUGAUGAGUGGGGGACCUGUGACAUCUUCCUACUGUUGCGAACGUGACGUUUACGUAUAAACUCUACUGCAAGGGUAAACGUUAUCGACAUUCAUCAGAGUAAUUAACAUUUCAAGCAAAUCCGCUCAACACAUCGUUACGGAAUCUUAACCACUUUCUUAAAGGUUAAAAGAAAUACCAAAAGAUGACAACUUGGCAGGGCCCACCUGGUGCAGGAUUUUAUCCAGGACAACAAGGUUUUCCUCAACAAAACCCUGGGUAUCCACCACCUCAGGACGGCUUUAAUCCUGGAUAUCCUCCUCCAUACGGAACAAUCCCACCAGCACCUGGAUUUAUUCCUCCUGGAGGACCACCGCCAGCACAGGGCGGAUUUUCAGCACAUCCAAACAUGUAUGAUUCAAAUUAUGCUGAAGAUCCUGGUCAGGAUGAGGUCAAAGGAUUUAGCUUCGAUAAUAAUUCAAUCAGACGUGGAUUCAUUAGGAAGGUUUACAGUGUGCUAAUGUGUCAACUUCUGAUAACGUUGUCGAUGAUAGCAUUAUUCCUUUUCCAUAAACCUACUAAGCUCUGGGUGUUGGCACAUCCAGAGUUAUUUUGGAUAUGUUUUGCCGUUACUAUAGUUUUGAUUAUAUGUAUGGCUUGCUGUACAAGUGUGAGACGAAAAGCUCCAAUGAAUUUUAUAUUCUUAUUCUUAUUCACGAUAGCGGAAGGUUUUCUGUUAGCGACUGCUGCUUCUACUUACAGCUCUCAUGAGGUACUAUUGGCCGUUGGAAUUACAGCAGCUGUUUGCCUUGGAUUAACAUUGUUUGCAUUCCAAACGAAAUUUGAUUUCACUGCUUUAAACGGUAUUCUUUUCGUUGCGUUAUUAAUUUUUGUCGUUUUUGGAUUAAUCGCAAUGAUUUGGCACGGACGCAUUAUGACUUUGGUCUAUGCAUCGCUUGGAGCCUUACUGUUCUCUAUAUACUUGAUCUACGACACGCAACUAAUGAUGGGGGGCUCACACAAAUACUCAAUUUCUCCCGAGGAAUAUAUUUUUGCGGCGUUGAAUCUUUACUUGGAUAUUGUUAACAUUUUCAUUUAUAUUUUAACCAUUAUUGGGGCAUCGAACGAUUAAAUAUUACGGUAUAUAAAGUUACGUCAGUCGCUGGAUUAAUUUUAAUCGUAAAAUGCUUUUAUUUGUUAUUAUUCUGUUUUAACUCUCUUUCAUUUUUGUCAUAGAGAGAGUAUUACAGAUAAAUAAUGAAAAUAUGAAAAGUUUUACAGCAUAUAACAAACAUUAAUUUCUAUGAAAUAAUAGCUUUUACAUAUUUUCAAAUUAUUGCUACUACAAGAAGUACAGAGAAAAAAGUGAAUGCAUUAAAGUUUAACUUCUAGUCUUACUAUUCAAAGUAAUUCCUAUGCUUACCUUGAAAGCCAAGGUGAUUGUGGUUUAUAGUUAAGAGUAUAAGAUUUUCAUGAAUGUAAAAGCAUUACAAAUACCUGUAUUUAUCCUUCUUUGUCUCAUAUCUAUUGUAUUUUUAUUAAAAAAAGUAUUAUUCAUCUACAUCAAAUUUCCUUAAAUCCCAUAAAUUAUUUUUCUCAUACUAUGUUAUUACACGUAGAGAGUCCUUAUAUCCAGCACAUGAUUGAUUUGGUUAUUGAUACGAGAAAAUGAUUUAAUGUUUAUAUACGUAUUUAGAUUAGUACAGAAAUAUUUGAAUAUUGUUGCAGUUUUUGAAGUCACGUUAUAAAUGUAAACGCAUAAUUACAUACAUGUGUAUAUAUAUAUAUAUAUAUAUAUAUUUAGUAAAUAGAUGUUCUGUUAAUAAUAAUCUUUAUUAAUAUUAUUCGAGUAAUAAACAAAUUUUAAAGUA